AAGGGUCCUCGGGGCGUGGGGGAAAAGUGUGGAGCUCCUCCGGUAGCGCCAUGGAUCGCCGGUGCUAUGGGUGUGCGUCCAAGUUCUCUGUCUUCAAGAAAGAGUGUGGAUGCAAGAACUGUGGACGGUCGUUCUGCUCCGGCUGCCUUAGCUUCAGUGCCGUUGUUCCCCGCUGUGGAAGCACUCAGCAGAAGGUGUGCAAGCAAUGUCAUGGAAAACUAACUGGAGAGGAAUCUCAAAGCAGUUCAGCAAAAUGGUCACCACCAGAAAACUACAAAAAGCGUGUAGCAGCUUUGGAGGCUAAACAAAACCAGCUGAAAGAACAACAGAAGGCAGCUGCAAAAUCCUCGGGUCAGGGAGGUUCCAGAUACCAGGGACUCUCAAAAGAGGAUAGAGCUAUUGCAGAGAGACUGGAGAGGCUCAGGGAGGAAAGGAAACCAAAGUCCAUCCCUACUCAGGCUGAGAUCGAAGCUAGGCUGGCUGCCCUGAAGGAGGACUGCUGGAGGCCUGUUCCAUCCACAGAAGAAAUAGAGGACCAGUUGGCUGUCCUGCAGGGAAGAGAUCCUCCUUCCCAGGCUCCCAGACCUGUACACCAACCUCCUGAUACCAGAAGUCUGGUCCAGCAGACAGAUGACCUGUUAACCCAGCUGUCUGAGGAAGUUGCCAUUGAUGAGCAUUACAGGCAAAGAGCCCAGCCUCAAGCUGUUAGUAGCCAAAGUUUGAAUGAUCUCAAUCGGGAGAGUGAAGAUUGUGUUUGCCCUGCAAAUCUGGACCCAAAACAGCUAGAGGAAGAGAAGAAUAAACUUCUGGCAGAAGCUGCUGCUGAGCUGCGGGAAGAGAACACUAGGCAGGAAAAAAUCCUACAAGUUGCCAAGAGACUGGCAGUGCUCAGAGGCGAGGACCCAGAGAAAGUUACACUGGAAACCUAUAAACUCCCAGACAGUGAUGAGGAAGUGGCUGAGGAGGAAGCCAUUCGCCGAGUGCUAAAACAGCUCACAGAGGAAGCAGCCCUGGAUGAAGCAAGUGGAUUCAACAUUCCUCCAGAUCAGACCACCCAAACAGGACCCUCACAACAGAACCUGCAUAUGAAAGCAAAGCAAAAGAGCCAUGCUCCAACUACCACAGCUCUUGCCAGGGCAGAUGACAGUGAUGAGGAUGAGUUACCCUGGUGCUGUAUCUGCAACGAAGAUGCUACUUUGCGUUGCCAUGGCUGUGAUGGGGACCUCUACUGCCAGCGCUGUUUUCGGGAAGGCCAUGAUGAGUUUGACCUGAAGGAUCACCACACCUCCCGCUAUUAUUUUCCUUGCAAGCAGAAGUGAUCACACUCUUCAUGGGCAGAAAAAGGGAUGGAGAAUGG